AUGAGUGAAUUAAACGUUUUUUUGCGUAUUAAUAUUAUUGAAGCCAAAAAUUUGGCUGCAAAGGAUAGAAAUGGAUUUUCCGACCCUUUCGUUGCUAUCAGCAUUAGUGACUCUACCUAUCAAACCCAUGUUGUUAAUAAAAAUUUAAAUCCAAAAUGGGACGCAAUUUUUGAUCAUAAAAUUGAUCUAACUAAACCGCCUAAUGAAAUUCACCUGACAUGUUGGGAUAAAGAUACGUUUGGUAAAGAUUAUUUAGGUGAAAUUUAUAUCUCAUUGGAUAAAUUAUGGGAAAGUAAUGGUCAUAUUGCCUAUGAUGAUGAACUUAAUUUGCCACAAUGGCAUUUAUUAACUACUAACCGCAAAAAUGAGGAUGUUUCUGGUCAAGUUUUGGUUAAAGUUGGUCUUAGAGAUAAAGACAAUAAAUCCUUAGACGCACGAGAAUGGAAUUCUAUCUGGCGAAAGAUGAACAGUUUAAGUAUCAAUGAGGUACAAAGCUCUUCUACCGAGGGUACUUCGUCUGUAUCAUCAACAAAAUCUACUAUAAGACAUGAAAGAAGUCAAAGUUUAUCCAGUUUAUCAGAUAUAGUUGGGGUAAUUUUCCUUGAAAUUGUAUGUGCUGUUGAUUUACCACCAGAAAGGAAUGUUACUGGAUUAGGUUUUGAUAUGGAUCCAUUUGUUGUUGUCUCUUUUGCUAAGAAUACAUUUCGAACCAAAGUUAUUAAUCAUAGUUUGAAUCCUCAAUGGAAUGAAAAACUUCAUUUUCCUAUUAAAAAACAAGAAAUUAAUUUUCAGAUCAAAUUCUCUGUUUAUGAUUGGGACAAAUUUAGUCAAAAUGAUCAUAUUGCAUCUCUGCUUUAUGACGUUAAACCCUUAAUUGAUCGUGGGAUAGAUGUCAUGAAUAAGUCUCAAGACUAUGAAAAUAUGAAUGAGGGAUUGUUAGAAGAAGUUCUUCCUCUUAAAGUUCACAGUAAAUUGGCAAGCAAACAUGACUCUAAGCUUGUUAUCAAGACUAAAUUUAUGCCUUAUGAUUAUCUUAGAAGACAAUUUUGGUAUGUGUUGUCCAAAUUUUAUGAUUCGGAUGGAAAUCGUUUAUUAAAUUACGUAGAGCUUGAAACUAUGUUACAAAGUUUGGGUUCAACUUUAUCACAAGAAACAAUUGACAGCUUUUUCACUCGUUUUGGCAAGGAACCUAAAAGACAUGCAUUGCAAUUUGAAGAAGUUAUUUCAUGUUUAGAACAAUAUUUGGGAGAUGCUUCAUUUUCUCAUCAUUCUGCAAAUCCAGAUGGUGAGGAAGCGGACAAUGAACAUUUAAUUUAUCUCCAAAGUUGUCCAAUUUGUAACAGACCAAAUCUCGAUCAGUUGUCUGAAACUAAUAUAAUCACCCAUGUCGCAAUGUGUGCAAGUUCUGAUUGGGGUAAUAUUGAUAAAUUUGUUACUGGUGAUUUUGUCACUGAAUCUCAAGCACAAAGAAAAUGGGUUUCCAAAAUUAUCACUAAAGUUGGAUUUGGUGGUUAUAAAAUCGGUGGUAAUAAUGCCAAUAUUAUUGUUCAAGAUCGUAAGUCAGGGCAACUUGUUGAAGAGAAAAUGGCCGCCUAUGUCCGUUUGGGAAUUCGUUUACUGUAUAGAGGUGGCUUAAGCAAAAUGGAUUCUACAAGUGCAAAAAAACUCUUGGAAUCCAUGUCUAUUAAACAGGGCAAAAAGUUUAAUCAUCCUUCCUCAGUAGCGGAUAUUAAACCAUUUGUUAAGUUCCACAAUCUUGAUUUAGACGAGGUUGCAGAUUCAUUAGAUUCAUUUAAGAAUUUUAAUGAAUUCUUUUACCGAAAAUUAAAACCUGAAGCAAGACCAUGCGAUUCGCCACAAGAUCCUUAUGUUUUAGUUAGUCCAGCAGAUUGUCGUAUGAUGGCUUUCCCAACUAUAACAAAUGCGACUGAAUUAUGGAUUAAGGGUCAAAGCUUUUCAAUUGCUAGAUUACUUGAUGAUGAUUUAGCUGCUAAGGAUUAUGAAGGUGGAAGUUUAGGUAUCUUUAGAUUAGCUCCACAAGACUAUCAUCGAUUUCACUUUCCAGUAGAGGGUGAAUUGGGUCCAAUAAAGGAUAUUCCUGGAGCAUAUUUUACUGUUAAUCCAAUGGCUAUUCGUUCACAGCUUGAUGUAUAUGGUGAAAAUAAGCGAGCUAUAUGCUAUAUUAAUUCUCCCCAAUUUGGCAAAGUUGCUUAUAUUUCAAUUGGUGCUAUGAUGGUUGGAUCUAUUGUAUUCACGAGCACACCAAGUUCUUAUGUGAGAAGAACUGAUGAACAUGGAUACUUUGCCUUUGGUGGAAGCACUGUUAUACUUUUAUUCCAAAAGGGAAAGAUGAUUUGGGAUGAAGAUUUGUUAGCAAAUUCAGGAUCCUGUUUGGAAACUUUGGUUCGUAUGGGUAUGCAUGUUGGAAAGGCACUUCGAUAUUAA